AUGUCUCAAUCAAAUUCAUAUUCCUCCAAGCGGGCUCCCAAGGGGUCUGCCAAAAGCAGCCAUCGCGCAGCCACCCCGGAAAACCUCCGGCGACACCUCAUGUCUCCAAAGGGUCAGCAAAAGAAGGCCCGACCUGCUGUCGAGCGAAAGCGUCGGGCUUCCUCCUCGUCUGUCUCUAGUGUCUCUAGUGUCUCCUCUCUAGAAGACUUGAGUGACGAUGCCGAUGAAUCGGAAGAUGAUGCGGACGACGAAGAAGACAGGCCAUUGGCCAAGGCCCCGUCUUACAAUCGUCGUCAGAACAAGGGCCGUAAGAUGGGGCGCCAACCUCCCAUGAAGAAAAAGAGAAGGGCUUCCGAUGACGAAGACUGGGAUGGUGGCUUCAGCAGCAAUGGCAGCGGUUCCGAGGACAGCUCGGAUGACGUCUAUGCUGCUGUUGACUACAUCACCGAUGCAGACGAUGAAGAGCAGGACGUGGAAAAGUUAGAAGAGAUGAUGAUCUUGGAAUCCGAGAAUCACCACCGCGUCUUGCCCUCAUCUGAAGUGAAUGACCAGUGGAACGGCCCCAACGGCUUUGGUGACUCAAUGUUCCUCCCUGCUGCAUCUUUCUUCGACGAAGAGCACCUCUAUAGCGCCAUGGAUGCCUUUGGUGAAACCGACAUGGCCUCGGAGGCCGUGGAAACCCCAGUUGCUCGCCGGGUCCACUUUGAAGAGCGAUCGGAUUCUUCUUCCGACAGUGAAUCUCACACGGAUGACGAGAUAUCUGGCGAUUUCCUGCAACAGGAUUCCCUAGACCCCCAGCUGCGUCGGAUGAUUGAAAACGAUAACCAUGAUCACCACCGCAGCCAUCGCCGACAGUCUGAAGAAAUUUUCGCCGAUAUUGACUAUGGUCACGGAAACAUUUACCAUGUUGAAUCCGACGGGACCUCCGAAGGUAGCUUGAGCGGAUAUGAGACUGACGAUGGUGAUACCACGGAUGAAGAUCUUCCCCCGCCUGCUACCAUUACCCACCCCCGCUCUCUUCUUCGCCGUGACUCUACCGACUCUCUGGCCGCUGUCGGUGAUGACAAGUCUGACACCAUUCCACGUCGACGGGGCCCGAUCAUGGGCACAUUCAAGGCCGAUCCUCAUAAGCCUGUAGCUCUGGUAGACUGCACGGGCAAGCAUCUUGUCAUCAUUCCUGCAUAUGCAUCCUCGCGCCACGACUGGCUGGACUCUGCCGCCAACAGCAUGCCAGGGACUGCCAACAACAGUCCUCGCCAAACUACCCUGCAUUUGGUCGAUGAGAGCGACACCGAUGCUCUCGCAUCCCCCAAUCAGACUGUCUUCAGUCCCAUGCUGGCCUCCAGCGCCAACCUGAUGAUGACUGCCCUCGGCAACGAUUUGACACCGGGUGGCCAGGUCAUGGGUCCUCCCGAGGCUUUUUACCCCUCGCAGGACUUCACCAUCGAUAGCUCCUAUGAAGACGACGAUGAUGAUGACCCUGAGUCUGCUCUCAAUGUCGACGACUUCAUCGACUUUGGCAAUGGAUCCUCAGAUGAGGAGGAAGACAUGGGCAAGCCCUUCGACGACGAGGCUCUCAUCUCCCCUAUGGCCAGUAACUUGAACUCCAUGCAUCCACCCAUGGGCACCCCGACCCCGACCCGAAACAAUUCGGAGUCGCAGCAGGCCAGCAAUAACGCCGAAAGUUUCCUGAAUCACCUGGAUAAGGGCAUCGUCACUGCAUUCCGCCGUAACCACAACCGCUACCAGGCACUCUUGCGCCUCCCUCAACAUCGCGAAUUCAUGCCCGCCAACUCCCCCUCGCGACCAGCCAGCGUGUUCCGUCACGCCAAACACACUGACCAGCGCACCCCCACACGAAAGCGCAAGGCCAGCGGUUACGCGGGUGGCGAGGCAGUGCGACGCAAGCUGAUGGAUGCCCAGCGUCGUACCCAGCUUCCCUUCUAA